AUGUCUAAACUUCUCUAUGAAAGAACGAAUCUAUCAUCUCAAUGUUCAUCUUCUACCUCUGAACUUCUCAUCUUCGAUGAAGUAGAAGAAGAGGAAGAAAAUGAGAGUUCCUACCGGAGGUACAAUAACCUCAUUUCAAACCUUCCAAAAGGAGAAGGUUGGGCAUCUGAGAAUCACAUCGUUCAUUACCAGGGCUUCUGGUAUGCAGAUAUAUAUUGCCCAGGAGUACUCGCAGUCCAAGAACACUUCAAGGCUCGCUCUAGCGACAUUAUCAUUGCAUCCACCCCAAAAUCAGGCACUGUAUGGAUCAAAUCCCUUCUCUUUGCCACUGUUACCCGCAGUAUGUACUCCCCCACGUACAAAAACCAUCCCUUGCUCAUCGACAACCCCCACAAUCUGGUGCAAUUUCUAGAGUCAAGGUUUUUCCAAAGCAGAUUGCCUGACCUUGAAUUGCUUUCCUCUCCCAGGCUCUUUGCAACUCACAUACCUUUCACGUCGCUGCCACAAACCAUGAUUGAUUCUUGCAGCCGGAUAGUUUACGUUUGUCGGAAUCUGAAAGAUGUGUUUGUUUCCAUGUGGCAUUUCACAAACAAGAUCAGAGCCACGGUCUCAAAGCCACCUUUGACUGCCAUGGAAGCCUUUGAGAGGUUCUGUAAGGGGGUUUCCCAUUUUGGGCCUUUCUGGGAUCAUGUGUUGGUGUAUUUGAGGGCUAGUUUGGAAAGGCCUCAACAAGUGUUGUUCAUCAAGUACGAAGAGUUACAAGCAGACCCCGGUAUUGUUUUGAAAAGGGUAGCUCAGUUUGUGGGGUUCCCUUUCACUUCUGAGGAAGAAAAUGAACAAGGGUUGGUUGAUAAGAUCUUGAGGUUGUCCAGCUUUGAGAAUUUGACUAGUCUUGAGGUGAACAAGACGAGGAUAGCCCCACAUGGCCUUGGACAUGAGAUUUACUUUAGGAAAGGUACGGUUGGUGACUGGGCAAACUAUUUGACAUCUGAUAUAAUUGAACGAAUUGACCAGAUAACAGAAGAGAAGUUCUAUGGUUAUGGCCUCAAGUUCUGAUAAGUAUUCUACAGAGAUGAUGGCAUCUUUUUACCUUGUUUGAUUGCAGUUUGGUUUCUUGGCUCUGCUUAUUCUUUCCGUUGUUUCAGUGUAUUUCAAACUUGUGCUAGUUGUUCCUUCGGUUGACCCAAGUAUGUUCCUUGAGCUGCGGCACUAUAUAUAGAUUGUGGUUUUCAGUACAAGCAAUGCUGUGUAUAAUUAUCAAUCACCCUAAAAUAAAUUAUUAUAUUUAUGCCUA